AUGCAGUGGCCUUGGCACAAGAGAAAAGACUCUGACGAUGGCAACGCUUUGCUGCCUUUGACGGCCAAAGGGCUGAGCAUUAACGGCACGGCCAUGGACCCUGCAGAGACGGAAUCAUUGCGAUCGAGGCCAGGACACUUUCGAACCACUUCGGCCCAGUCAAGAAGUACUGCAGACGAGUUCUCUGCCAUGACUCCAGCAGAAGCUGCCAGCCGUCUUCAAACCUCUUUGACUCACGGUCUGUCUCCUACCGGAGCCUUGGCCCGACUUAACGAAUAUGGCCCGAACGAAAUCCCUCACGAACCUCCCGAACCACUGUGGCUUCGAUUUAUUAAACAAUUUCAAGAGCCACUCAUUGUCCUUCUGCUCGUUUCGGCCGGGGCCUCUAUAUUUCUGGGUAAUACGGAUGAUGCGGUCAGCAUUACGAUAGCGGUAACCAUCGUCGUCUCGGUUGGCUUUGUGCAAGAAUACCGGUCGGAAAAGUCAAUAGAGGCACUUAGCCAUCUUGUUCCGAAUCACGCCCACCUCGUCCGGUCAGCGAUGAAGACCCCUGGCAGCGCCCGGACUCCCACAUGGCCACCGCAGGGCCCUAUGGACGGCACCGAAUCGGCGAACUCUACUACUCCAGGCGAGGAAAUGCUGGAGGCAACCUCAUCCAAGGUCAUGGCCUCGCAGCUUGUGCCAGGUGACCUUGUCUACUUCACCACGGGCGAUCGCAUUCCAGCAGAUAUUCGGGUCACCAAGGCAGCAGAUCUCACCAUUGACGAGUCGAAUCUCACCGGAGAGAACGAACCAGUCCGGAUCACGGCCGAAGCAAAAGCACGAAGUUUUCUGCCUCCCACUUUCGGGGCAGACGCGCUCCAGCCGCCGAGUCCCUCGGCUCCAUCCGACAGCCGUGAUGAUGGCGGGAACAAUAUUGCAUGGAUGGGCACCUUGGUGAGGUCUGGCCACGGCCAGGGUGUUGUCUUUGCGACGGGGGGAAACACCAACUUCGGAACGAUCGCGACUAGUGUGUCUGGGACAGAAAGCCCGCGAUCACCACUUCAACUUUCCAUGGACGAACUUGGCUCCCAGCUCAGCAAGUUCUCCUUUGGCGUCAUCGGCGUUAUUUCCUUGGUCGGCUGGCUCCAGGGGAAGAAGUUGCUUGAGAUUUUCACGAUAUCGAUUUCUCUCGCUGUUGCAGCUAUCCCGGAAGGCUUGCCGAUCAUUGUCACUGUCACCUUGGCUCUCGGUGUUCAUAGAAUGGCCCGUCACAAUGCUAUUGUACGCAGGAUGCCCAAGGUAGAGACUCUGGGCUCGGUGAAUGUCGUAUGCACCGACAAGACAGGAACUCUUACCAUGAACCACAUGACAACCGCCAAGAUGUGGUAUUUCGGUGCCAAUGACGCUAUUGACGUUGAAUCCGACGACGAGGCAACCGAAAACAAGCCGAACCCUGCCACUUUGCGCAUUCUGCGCAUUGGUAACAUUGCGAACAACGGCCGUCUUGCACAGCAAUACACAGAAAAUGGUGCAGCUGCUAGGGCUGUACUCUCGUCUACGCAAGGAACAGACUUUGCUUCGACCUACACACGCUGGUGUGGACAACCUACCGAUGUCGCAAUGCUUGAUUUGCUUGACAGGUUUAAAGAGCAUGACGUUCGCGAGUCCAUUGGCCCACGUCUUAGCGAAACACCCUUCAGCUCCGAGCGCAAAUGGAUGGGCGUCACUAUUGGAACUAACGACAAGGAGUUCGCGUACAUGAAAGGUUCCAUUGAUCGAGUUCUCGAAGCUUGUGACACCUAUCUUACUCGCGACGGCCGAGAGUUCGUUCUCGACUCUGCGCGGCGUCAGGAAGCAUUGCAAGCUGCAGAGGUCAUUGCCUCAAAUGGUCUCCGCGUGCUUGCGUUUGCCAGCGGCACUGUUUCGCGAUCUAGGAGCAGAAACACACCGGCACCGACUAGUCCCAACCCUCAGUCUGUGUACGAGACUUACAGAGGCCUCACAUUCGCUGGCUUGGUCGGAAUGAGCGACCCUCCAAGGCCCGGUGUUGGCAAGGCGAUCAGGAGAUUACUACGCGGGGGAGUCAGAGUUGUCAUGAUCACAGGUGACGCCGAGACAACUGCUGUGGCCAUUGGCCGGCAGCUCGGUAUGCCAAUUGCGAAGCCGAUCGAGCAUGCUUCUAGUCAAGCAUCAGUGCGACCCGUGCUGAAGGGAGAUGACGUUGAGGCCAUGUCCGAGCAGGAGCUCGCAAAUGCUAUCCAACAUACUACGAUCUUUGCUCGCACGAACCCGGAUCACAAACUGAAGAUCAUUCGAGCUUUUCAGGCCAGGGGUGAUAUAGUCGCCAUGACUGGAGACGGCGUCAAUGACGCCCCAGCGCUAAAGAGAGCAGACAUUGGCAUUUCCAUGGGCUUGCAUGGAACCGACGUUGCAAAGGAGGCAGCAGACAUGAUUCUCACAGACGACGACUUCUCAACCAUACUUCGGGCAAUUGAAGAGGGCAAGGGAAUAUUCAACAACAUUCAGAACUUCCUGACAUUUCAGCUCAGCACAAGCGCGGCUGGACUGUCUCUUGUAUUGUUUUGCACGAUUCUCGGUUUCAAAUCACCCCUGAAUGCGAUGCAGAUUCUCUGGAUCAACAUCAUCAUGGAUGGCCCACCUGCCCAGUCGCUCGGCGUCGAGGCUGUCGAUGCCGACGUCAUGAACCGCCCUCCUCGCAAGCGAAACGACGCGGUGCUCACAAGGAAGCUCCUUUACAGAGUCUUGACAUCAGCAUCCAUAAUUAUGAUGGGCACUAUGCUCGUCUAUAGACGGGAGAUGCUUGCGGAUGGCGAGGUCAACCGCCGCGAUACGACCAUGACCUUCACUUGCUUUGUGCUAUUCGACAUGUUUAAUGCCUUGGCCUGCCGAUCCGAAUCCAAGUCGGUGUUGCGGGGCGAGGUAGGACUUUUCUCAAAUACGCUCUUUAACUGGGCGGUCUCACUCAGUAUCGCGGGUCAAUUGCUCGUGGUCUACUUCCCGUGGCUACAGGAGGUUUUCCAAACGGAAGCCUUGGGAUUGUUCGAUCUUGUCGGCCUGUUGGUUCUUUGCAGCACGGUGUUCUGGGCGGAUGAGUUUAGAAAGUACUGGAAUUACUCAAGACGGCGCAUGGCUGGUGGUUACAGUCAGGCAGUGUAGAUCAAGAAGCAUCUUUCAUGUGAGGUACAGGUGGAUUGUACCAGUCAACGGCCUUACAUAGUAGCGUAUAUGUAAACUUUGAGGACGGUAGAUAAUUAACGACCUUUUACUGGGGAAAAAAA